AUGGGGGAGGGGCUUUUGUCUUCUGUCUUAAAUAGUCGUAUUCAGACAUGCAUCGAUGAAGAUCCCAUCGAAAUAUGUCCAACCCAAAGUGAUGAAGACGAUUAUCGAAUGAUAGCGGAAAAAAUAUGGGAAGAAGCGGGUGAACUCGAUAUAAAAGCGGCGGAGCAAAUUCUCAAAGAAGCCGUAGAAGCUGAGUCACCAGUGAAGGAAAAAGAAGGGGUUGAGCCGAAGAAAGCGGAAGUUGAUGAGGGUAAAGAAGGUGGAGGCACAGAGGUAGACGGGAAGAAAGCUUCAAAAGAAGUAGAGGAGAAUGAUAAGGAGGGUGGCAAUCAAAACAAAACGAAGAAAAAGAAAAAGAAGGAAGGGCCGCCGCAGGACGAGGAUGAGCUUCUCAAGAAGUUGCAAGAAACUCAACCGGACCUGAUCGAGUACACGUCGAUCAUGGGACCGGUUAAUUUGGCUGAACAGCAAGGAUCGACCAAAGCUGGCUCAUUGGGCGAUCUCCUCAAUCAACUCAGCAAAUUCAAAUCAGCCAGAGAAAAAAAAGAACGCGAAGAUCUGCUCAGAGCUUUCCUCGAGAAGCAGGCUGCAGCCAAAUUGAUGCAGCAACGGCAAUCGCAGCAACAGCCACCGCAAUCACCAGAAACCCAAGAAAGGCUCCAAGUCCAAACUGGCGGUGCUACAACUGGUACUACCGGGGGUAAGAGCACGGCUGGAUCUUUCAGUAAACUGUCUACGCAGAAGUCAAGUGGCAGUUCAAGAAAAAAGGAAUUGUCGCCUGAAAAUAAGGUCAAGACUCAGCCAGUAAAUGUUAAGAAAGUUAAAGAACCGCCUAAGAAGAAGCUCAGUAAAGAAAGAGGGGAAAAGAAAAGCGGCAGUGUAAGAGCGACAAAAGCUGGUGGUCAGCAGAGCAAGUCGAAGAAACCACCAUCAGUCAGGAAGAGGAAGUGA